UCAAAUGUGCUCCAGACAGAUUCAGUGCCCUGUGAAGCUCGGAGUUAGCAACGUCUCUUUCGUAAAUAGUUCUCUCAAAUGCAAAAUUUUGUCAUGCUCUGAUAGUAUGGAUUUAAAAUGUAUCAACUAUUUAGUGGGGUAAAAAGUGACAAUAGUAGUAUACAAAAAAUUACAAACAAGAAAAAAUAAAAUUUAUUUAAAAAAGGUGGAAAAAAAAUUUUUCUAUUUGGUAAACAAUGUUUAGUGCGAUAAUAAUGAUCGAAGUAUUUCCGAGUUUGCAGACUUAUAAGUAUGGAGUAUGCAUUAAAAGGAAAAAAUGUAUAAAUUUAAAUAAAGAGAUAGGAAUAAUCAUCCAGAAAAAUAAGACAAAUAUAUUUUCUGUCAGCGGAUGCUUUUAUCAUGCAUUCGUUGGGUAUAGAUACAGUAGACUGGAUGAGUAAUUCUUGGUAAUGUGCUUGCUCAAACAGAGAAUGGCCAAGUUUUUACGAUGGAUGGUGAUUUAUGCAAUGGGUCUGACAACUGUCACUAUUAUUGGGAAAACUCUGCUAACUGAAAAGCCAUCGGAACCAAUAUUAUUACCGGAGUACAUUGAGCCGACGCAACAGUCAGAUACAGUAUACAUCGAUAGUAGAAUUAAUUCAACAGAUUAUUUGGACGAAAUCAUAACAGCGGCACAAAUGGCAGAGAUAAGAACCGAGUUGAAAAUUAGAAGAACAGGUGUUAAGAGUGUUUGUCAGAUCCUUGGAAACGAGACAUCUCCAAUUCGUGCAGUGGUUUCUAACAUGAUUGUUGACACAAAACAUGGAUUAUCUUGGUGCCCGAUUUAUAAAGCUGGCAGUUCAACAUGGAUGGUGCAUUUCGCCGUUUUGGGUAGAACUUUGUCUGAUCUCACAGUAGAGCUUAUUGAACGUAAUGUGUUGCAAGUAAAUACUCUUGCUAGACAGGCAUUCCCAAAUGCAGACUUAAAAUCAACACUAGAGAAGUUGAGACAUACAAAGAAAUUCAUUGUUGUGCGGCAUCCAUUCGAACGACUAUUGUCAGCCUACAGAGACAAAUUAGAAAAUAUGGAAAGCAGAAAAUAUUAUUACAACAAAUAUGGGCGCCACAUCACUCAGAAAUAUCGACAGAAAACAGCAGCUUCUAAUACCAAGCGAGAACCAACUUUCACGGAAUUUCUAAGAUUUAUUACAAAAGAAAAAUACUUUGAUGAACAUUGGGCUCCUUACAAUCAAUUCUGUAGACCAUGUGCGCUAAACUAUGAUUACAUUUUAAAAUUUGAAACAUUUAAGAGAGAUGAAGACUUUUUAAUCCAGGAAUUAGAACUGAAUCAAUACUUAUACACUAAAAAUAAUGUAAAAAAUGUUAAUCCACAAGGGGCAACAACAACUAUGAUCUCUAAAAAAUAUUUUCAAAGCGUGCCAAAGAUGCUUUUGGAAGAAGUGUACCGAGUAUAUGAAAAGGACUUUAACCUGUUUGACUAUUCGCCUGAUGACUAUUACCUUAUGACAAAAAUUUGAGUGUAAUUGAGAAAAUAUUGUGAUAAUGUGUGAGAAGAUUGUAAGUAUGUAAAUUAUUUGUAAUAAAUGAGUAUUUUAUUCCAUUACUUAUGAGUUUCAUCUUUUACUGAAACGGGAUCAGUUAGAUUUUUUACUUAGUAUUGCCUGUAAUGGCAAUAUCCUGGAAGCUCUCAUAUACUUACUGGUCCAAAAUAAAGCCUCUUGAAGUACAACCAU